AUGACAUCCCCGUCAGUACGAGAAUCUACUGGAUGCGCCAGGCCAACCUUGCUCUCCCACCCUUGUCCCAAAGCUCCAUUCGGAACCGUAAUCGUGAACCACACGGCCAAUUCGGGGCUGGGGGAGCUAGUCUGCACAGGCGCCAACAGUAGGAGCGCCACUGGAAACCCGACACUUCAUGGAGAAAUUGCAGCUAUAAACAAUUGCACACAGAUCUUAACGGACCCCAGGCCCUUACAAACUAUCACCCAAAGAGGCACUCGCCGCCUUCGCAGACUUAUCGCUAUACACCAACGCCGAGAGCUGCCCGAUGUGCGCAUCUGCGGUGCGAUUCGCCGGGUUCAGGGAGUACGUGUACGGUACAUCGAUCGACACGCUCGUGGAGCGUGGUUGGGACCAGAUCCAGAUCCCGUCCGCGGAGGUAUUCCAGCGAUCGUCAGGACUACCGAGUUCAAGUGCUCUGAUCGCUGA